CCUCCCAUUUAACUGCAGAUGGGCAGCAUCUGCGCGUCUGUUACCGAGGCCCCGCCUCCCGAUGAUGUAACAAUCUCUUCGCGCAUGUUCACAGUCUCCGGGUGGACGGUGUUAUCCUCUCCGCUCAGAGCUGAAGUGGGUCGGCGGUGUGUUCGGGAAAGACCUUCGUCUCUUGCGUCGGGAUCACUGUCUGCGGGCCGAAGAUAUCACUUUCCCAUCGUUAGACCUGCAGUGAGACAUUUAUUGGAAGAAAAGCACACAACUGGAAGCAGAGCGCGACUGAAGUCGAGGGAACAGCAGCAAGUGAACCAGCCCGAGGAUUGAGAGCACCGACUGGAGAGAACCCAUCUGACUCGGAGAUUCCAGUGAUUCAGUCAGGAGAAAGUUGGGCCAUGAGUUAAAAAUUUCGCUGUCGAUGAAAUGCGCAGGCGUCAGGCUGAGGACAUCCCCAAGUAUCAAGUAUGCACGCAGCACACUGAAGGCAUUGAAAAUGUCGGAUGUAGGUUAAAAAUGACAAGGAAUUUGCCUAAGGGAAUCUCGAACACAACACGCCAGUUUUGCUGUCUCUGUCCAGAUAUUUAAGAACAGGAGCAAGGGAUUCAGCCGAUCAUCCUUCCUGCUCAGACUGUCGAGAGGGAUUCACUUGAUCAUCUGACCAAUUGGCAUGCCCAUUAGUUUACAUGGGGGGAGCCCAUUCAUCUGCUCAGACGGUGGGAAUGGAUUCACUCAGUCAUCUCAACUGAAGGUACAUCAGCAAGUUCACACUGGGACAAGGCCAUUCACCUGUCCUGUGAGUGAGCAGGGAUUCAGUGGGUCUUCCCACCUGUGGACACACCAGUCAGAUCACAUUGGGCAAAGACUGGUCAUCUGAAGAAUUUGUGGGGAAGCAUUCACUCUGUCAUCUGACCUAAUGGCUCAACAGCGAGUUCACACUCGGGAGCGGCCGUUCACCUGCUCAGACUGUGGGAAAGGAUUCACUCAGUCAUCUCAGUUACUGAGACACCAGUCAGUUCACACUGGGGACAGGCCAUUCAACUGCUCGCUCUGCAGGAAGGGAUUCCCUUCCGCAUAUAAGCUACUGAGACACCAGUCAGUUCACACUGGGGAGAGGCCAUUCACCUGCUCAGACUGUGGGAAGGGAUUCACUUCAUCAUAUCAGCUACUGAGACACCAGUCAGUUCACACCGGAGAGUGGCCGUUCACCUGCUCAGACUGUGGGAAGCGAUUCACUGAAUUAUCUCGACUGAAGAUACAUCAGCGAGUUCACACUGGAGAGAGGCCGUUCACCUGCUCAGAUUGUGGGAAGGGAUUCGCACAGUCAUCUCAACUGAAGGUACAUCAGCGAGUUCACACUGGGGAAAGGCCGUUCACCUGCUCGGACUGUGGGAAGGGAUUCACUUCAUCAUCUCUACUGAAGGUACAUCAGCGAGUUCACACUGGGGAGAAGCCAUUCACCUGCUUGGACUGUGGCAAGGCAUUCACUUCAUCAGCUCACUUACUGAGACACCAGCAGCGAGUUCACACUGGGGAGAAGCCAUUCACCUGCUCAAUCUGUUGGAAAGGAUUCACUUCGUCAUAUAAGUUACUGAAACACCGGUCAGUUCACACCAGAGAGUGGCCGUUCACCUGCUCAGACUGCGGGAAGGGAUUCACCGAAUUACCUCAACUGAAGGUACAUCAGCGAGUUCACACCAGAGAGAGGCCAUUCACCUGCUCAAAAUGUGGGAAGGGAUUCGCUCAGUCAUCUCAACUGAAGGUACAUCAGCGAGUUCACACUGGAGAGAAGCCGUUCACCUGCUCAGACUGUGGGAAAGGUUUUACUCAGUUAUCUCAACUGAAGGCACACCAGAGCGUUCACACCGGAGAGUGGCCAAUCACCUGCUCGGACUGCGGGAAGGGAUUCGCUUCGUCAUCCCAUCUGAAGAUACAUCAGCGAGUUCACACUGGAGAGAAGCCGUUCACCUGCUCAGACUGUGGGAAGGGUUUCUCUUCGUCAUCCCACCUGAAGGUACAUCAGCGAGUUCACACUGGAGAGAGGCCAUUCACCUGCUCAAACUGUGGGAAAGGAUUCACUCAGUCAUCCAUCCUAAAGGCACACCAGCGACUUCACACUGGGUAGAGACUGAUCUGCUCGGACUUUGGAAAAAGAUUCUCUCAGCCAAAUCAACCAGUGUGCAUCAUUGAGUUCACACUGGGGAGAGGCCAUUCACCGGCUGUGAAUGUAGGAAGCGAUUCACUCCAUCAUCUAAUCUUAUGUAGCUCUCAGUUCUUCUGGCAGCUUAACAGAGGGGGUUAUAGCCCCCCCCCCCAGUCCAGUUUGGCCAAACUGAAGAAUCUCGUUUGGGUGGAUACUGUGCGAUGUGUCCCCUGUGUAAUGUGUCCCUGGGGUUUAUACUUUCUGUGGACUGUCUCUUUAAAAUGCAAAGAGAACCGAGACUGACGUUGGACACGCUGUUGGAUUUCUGCAGAAGUGCUGGGUUGCUAUGAUGACCAGCUAAUGUUUAUGUUCUGUGUGGUUAAGCAAGGUCAGAAUGAUCCUUUACCGACACAGAACAAGCAAGCGACUUCUUACAGAGAGAGGGGGCGGAGCUACGUGAUGGACAGCUGGUGUUCAGCACAACGGUAUUUAAACACACGUAACUGCUUUACUCGCAGGACACGCAGACGCUCAAAGGCUAGUGAUGAAAGUUUCUGCUGGUUGGACUUUCUUGUACCCACAAGGGUGGGAUUUGAGGAUUGAUAAAGAAGAAUCGAUCUGUGGCUGUUAGUGCGUGUAAGAGCGACCCUGUGGGAUCUACCGGAGAGUCUAACCCUUACCUGGGUUGGUAGACUUUCUCGUGAAGAAGGUGCUCUUGAGUUGGUCACGUCUGGCUAACUUGGAAGAUUUGAUGGGCAUUGGAAAAGGUCGACAACACCUGUUUACUUGGAUUACAUCUCCCUCACCCUCGCCCUCUCCUUCCCUCCCUCCCUCCCCCUCCAAUCUUGUGAACUAAAUUGAAUCUACCACAUCAUCGUAAGACUGGCGGUGAAGACCCGAGGGGCCGAAUGGUCUACUUCUGCACCUAUUUCCUAUUGUCUAUUGACUAUAUCGUUUACCACCUAGGUUUUGGAUUUUAUAUACAGGUGGCUCCCGUUUUUCGGACGUUUGCUUUACAACAGCUCAUUGUUAUGAAAGACCUACGUUAGUACCUGUUUUUUCUAACCAAAGAGGAUUUUCGCUUUUACGAUAAAGAUGAUGCCUGCUUUAUAUGUGAGUUUACCCCGAGAAAGGCUACCGUGACCGUGAAGCCUUGUGCGGCAGUUGUGUACGCAUGCGUGCACGUGCCGAUUUUUUUUUUCUCUCCAAAUCAAUUUCAGUUCACUAUCUUCUGGAUUUUCAGUGAAACUACACCGUACAUACAAUAUUUCUACUUUAUAUAGUGUGUAUACUUAUCAUUCCUACUUUUACUAUAGGUUAGUGUUAUUUUAGGUUUUAUGUGCUAUUUGGUAUGAUUUGGUGGGUUAUUCUUUGGGCCUGGGAACAUCCACAAUCUUUUCCCAUUUAAAUUAAUGGUGAUUGCUUCUUCGCUUCAUGACAUUUCGGCUUACAAAUGGUUUCAUAGGAACGCUCUAGCUUUAGAUACAGGGGGAAACCUGUAUUUACACCUAUGCAUAACAUUGCUAACCCUUGGAUUAUCUGGUUUAAGUUCACUAUUAUUAGUAGUUACCACUAAAAUAGUGUUUGUUCACUGCAAAACCCUACUCCCAAGUGUGUUCAAUUGUUGCUGGUAGUUUUAUAGGUUUGCGUCUGUGCGACACCUGAAGUAACAAAUGGUACAUGAUAUGUGAUUACACUAUUAACAUUUAUAAUUCUUACUUUGAAUAAAGGGUCAGUAAAGAAAACAAAAAAAAAGAAAAAGGGCCCACUCAAUCCAUUCACGUCUUCUCAUCUCUCCCCAGCAAAAGACCCUGAAAAUCUCUUUUCCAGACUCACAAGAAAGAACAUUUCUGUCAUUGGAUAGCCUCGCACUCCAAAACCCUGUCAUCUCUAGUUGUAACCUAUACAUUGCUGCUGCAGAGAAACCAUUACCUCAGCAGUGAAACAUUACAGAGAGGCCAUUACAUCAGCAAUUGAAUCCUUACAGUGUGUUACACUUGUGACACACUACUGGGUUCAAACUGGGGAGAAAGUUUCAAUGAGCUGCAUGCUGGAUAUUAGUCUAUCACCGUUGCUGAAUGCAAUUUUGGGAGUGACUGUCGGUGCUGAACUCUGCAAUUAUUGCUGCUGCUCACCACACCCAGUUCUGCACCAUGGUCACUGGGCAUUGGAGGAGUUUUUUCUGCUGCACAUUCACCUUUAAUGGAACUGCAGUUUAAUAUUCUGGAUCUGAGACAAAUAAACCAGUUCUAUUUUAAACUCUGUCUUCCACCUACUAAAUCUGCCUCAGCUAUUCAAUCGUUUCUCUCUAAUUAUGAUAUCUCUGAUAUAUGGUGUUUCCUUCAUCCUACUGAGAGAGAUUAUUCUUUUUUUUCACAUGUUCACCAUACCUUUACUAGAAUUGACUACUUCUUACUCGACAAUCAACUCAUUCCAUUUGUCUAUUCUUGUGAUUAUCAGAGUAUACUGAUUUCUGACCAUGCCCCAAUUACUCUGUCCUUAAAUUUUCCUGGCCUUCCUCAGAGGAAUAAACACUGGCGGUUUGAUAAGACUUUACUAUUGGAUGAUGAUUUUCUAAAAUUUAUCAAAGAUCAGAUAACCUUUUAUUUUAACACCAAUACAUCACCUGAAGUGUCAUCCCAGAUUGUCUGGGAUGCCAUGAAAGCGUAUCUGAGGGGUCAAAUAAUCUCCUAUACAGCAAUUCUUAAUAGAAAGUCCUGUGCAGAUUGAUUAGACCUCAUUAAUCAGAUUAAAGAGUUGAAUCAACUCCAUGCGCAAACUAAGAAUCUUGAACUAUACAAGAAACGUGUAGAACUUCAAACUAAAUUUAAUCUUCUGUCCACUCAAUCUGUCGAACGCCAACUUCUUGAAAGUAAGAGUGGUUUUUAUAUUCAUGGUGACAAAUCUGGUAAAUUUCUAGCCAAUCAGCUGAGGCAUUCCAAAGCCAAGCAACAUAUUACAAAGAUCCGGAAGGAGAAUGGAGACCUUACAUCGGAUCACUUAGAAAUCAAUGACGCAUUUAAAAAAUUCUAUUCUCGACUUUAUUCCUCUGAAUCAUUAAAUGACAAUAUCUCUAUCAAUCAUUUUUUAAAUAAUCUGAAUAUUCCUUCACUUUCAUCCGAUUUUAAAGCCAAACUUAAUGCACCUAUAUCAUUAGAAGAAAUAUCUUCUGCAAUUUCUGCAUUGUCCUCAGGGAAAUCUCCAGGACCUGAUGGGUUCCCCAUAGAAUUUUAUAAAUCAUUCUCUUCACUUCUCUCCCCUCAGUUACUUUCAGUAUUAUCUGACUCAUUUAACUACAGCAAAUUGCCACCCUCUUUCAAUGAGGCUUCUAUUAUUCUUUUAUUUAGAAAGGUUAAAGACACAACAGAGUGUUCCUCGUAUAGGCCGAUUUCAUUGCUUAAUGUUGAUGUUAAAAUCUUGGCCAAAGUUUUGGCAUAGAUUAGAAACUUAUUCCCUCUAUUGUUUCUGAUGAUCAAACUGGUUUUAUUAAAAACCGUCUUCCUUUUUUUUUAACAUUCGGCGUUUAUUUAACAUUUUAUAUUCACCUCCAACUGGGAUUCCUGAAUGUGUUAUUUCCCUUGAUGCGGAGAAAGCAUUUGAUCGUAUAGAGUGGAACUACCAUUUUGCAGUUUUAGAAAAAAUUUGACUUCGGUCAAAGUUUUAUCUCUUGGAUCAAAUUGCUGUAUUUGUGUCCGACUGCCUCUGUUUUAACUAAAUCUCAGAAAUCCCAGUUAUUUAACCUCAAACGUGGCACCCGUCAGGGAUGGAUGCCCUUUAAGUCCCUUUCUCUUUGAUUUGGCUAUAGAACCUUUGGCGAUAGCUUUUCGAAAUUGUCCUGAACUGACCGGGAUUUGGAGAUGGGGUGUUGAGCAUAAAGUUUCUAUUUAUGUUGAUGACUUAUUACUUUUUCUUUCAAAUCGGUCUACAUCCUUACCUCCAAUGUUUUCACUUCUUGACCAGUUUAGCCAGUUCUCUGGAUAUAAACUUAAUUUACAUAAGAGCGAACUUUCCCCAAUUAAUAAAAAAGCACAAGAAUUAACAUUUCGUGAUCUCCCCUUUAAAGUAGUCCACGAUCAAUUUACUUAUCUUGGGAUUAUAUUCACAAGGAAGUUUAAAGAUCUCUUUCGUGAAAAUUUUGCCAAUCUUUCAUAUACUAUAAAACAGAGUCUGUUACAUUGGUCACCUCUAUCUAUGCCUUUGGUAGGUCGUAUUAAUGUUGUUAAAAUGUAUGUUCUCCCUAAACUUUUAUAUUUAUUUCAAUCAAUCCCAAUUUUUAUUCCUAAAUUCUUAUUUGAUUCCUUAGACUCUGUUAUUUUGUCAUAUCUGUGGAAGAAUAAGCGCUCUAGAAUUAACAAAGUUUAUCUCCAAAAAUCUAAAGAAGAUGGUGGCAUGGCUUUACCUAACUUUUGUUUAUAUUAUUGGGCAGCCAAUAUAUGUUGUGCUACCUUCUGGUCUUUUUUCCAUGGCCAACCCGAGUGCCCUAAAUAGGUGGCAAUGGAGUUGAGCUCCACUAAAGAAUUAUCUAUCUCUGCACUUCUCGGCACCGUACUCCCUAGUAGUUUGUCCAGAUUAAUAGUUAAUCCUCUUGUCAGACACACUUUGCGUAUAUGGGCUCAGUUUAGGAAACUUUAUGGGUUCCAUGGUAUUUCCUUUUCUAGCCCUAUCUUACAUAAUCACCUUUUUUUUUACCUACUGCAUAUGACUCAGCCUUCCAUGAUUGGUAUAGGAAGGGCAUUAGACAUUUUGAAGAUUUUUUUAUUGAUAAUCGCUUUGCCUCUUUUCAACAGCUCUCUGCUAAGUUUAAUCUGCCUAAUGCUCAUUUUUUUAGAUAUCUCCAAAUUAGACACUUUAUUACUCCUUUAAUCCCUAACUUCCCUGAAAUGCCUGAGAAAAAUGUUAUGGACUUAUUUCUUUCUAUUAAUCCACUAGGUAAAGUUUUAAUAUCAUUUAUUCGUGAUAAAUUAGCAGCCCUACGACGUGCCCUUGUGGAUAAACUUAAAAUGGCAUGGGAGGAUGAUUUAAAUACCUCUUUAUCCGAUGAGACUUGGAACUCGAUUCUCAAAUCGGUUAACCCAACCUCCCUGUGUGCUCGCCAUUGCCUUUUAUAGUUUAAGAUUGUUCAUAGAGCCCAUAUGUCUAAAUCCAAAUGAUCUCUGUUUUACUGUAACAUCAGUCCGCUUUGUGAUAAAUGAGGCCUCUCUCAUUCAUAUGUAAUGGCUUUGUCCUAGCUUGGAGAAAUUUUGGAAAGAUGUCUUCAUAAUGUUAUCGUAUAUUCAGAAUCACCACCUAGAACCUAACCCUUUAAUUGCUUUGUUUGGUUUCGGGGGUGAGACAGAUUUACGUCUGAGUUUGACUCAGUGUCGAAUAUUAUCUUUUGCCUCUCUCCUGGCUAGGCGUUUAAUCUUCCUUAGAUGGAGAGAUGUUGCCCCGCCCACACAUGCUCAAUGGCUUAACGAUAUCAUGGCCUGCUUAGACCUUGAAAAAAUUCAUUAUUCAGUCCUUAAUUCGGAUUUGAAGUUCUAUAAGGUCUGGGGACCUUUUAUUGAGUACUUUCAUAACCUUCCUCUUGACUAAGGUUUUUUUUUCGGUCCCUUGCUUUCAGCUCCUUUUUUUUUGGUAGUAGGCAUUAAUGCCUUCUAUUGCUAAGUGUAUUCACAGUUCGGGGGUUUGAUUGUCCUAAUUUAUAUUCUCUAUAUUGUGUUGUGGUUGGUCUGGAGUUUUUUUUUGUUGCGGGGCUUGGGGAGGACACUAAUUUUACAUGUCUUCAAUUUGGCUGCUUUCUCAAUUAUCUUUCUUCGUAUCAGAUUAUUAUUGUAUGUUUAUUUUUGCACUGUAUCAAUGUUCUUCAUUUUGAUCCGGGCUUUUUUUAUCUGUAGCUAUGUAGAAAAUGUAUAAAAAAACUAAUAAAAAAACUCUGUGUUUGGUACUUAGUGAAUUUAUAACACAACUGGUGUACUCAGGCCUGCUGAACCCGGCCAGUGAAUCUGUUCCACAUUCGUCCAUCUGAAUCCUCCCCUGUUGUUUCCCUUGAAUUCUCUGCAGACUGAGGAAGUCGAGAUGGCUGCAGUUCUAAUCUCUGGGCUGAUGAAGAAUGACAUUGUUCGUUAACCUCCUUAAUCACAACUCAUUUCCACAUUAUGACUCAUUUUCCCUGCUUUUAAAGGGUUGUUGGAAACGCCACUGUCCUCUAAAGACUUAAAUUGGAAUGGGAACCCAUAAGUUGGAUGUUCGAAGGAGCAGGGUCAGAGAUCAGAGGUGGGUCUGCACAGGGCAGAGUUUGGGACUCUGGGCGAUGGAUGGACUAAGAACGUAUGAUGAGGAAAAAGGACUCAACAGUGGGACGUGGCAAUGGAUGACAGAGUAGCAACAUUUGGACGUUAAUUGGCAGACGAAAUAACUUGGUUAUCUGACUGACGAAAAAUGCCAGUGGUGAGGGGCCCCAUUGGUCGAGGCACAUGUGUGUGUUGAGAAUGGUUAUACCUAUUGAGGGAGUUAUUCCUGCUUGUUUAUCCUGUAAUAUUAUAUCUGAAUGGUUAUUUGAGAUGAUCCUAUCUGAAACAAUGUAUUGAUUAUCAUAUAAUUUGUGAGAUUAUGUCCUUAACUGAAUCAGGCUUGAAGGCAUGGUGCCUUAAUGAAGUUACCGUGGUCAUUCAUCAGUUUGUGUUUUAAAGCAAGAUUUUGGUGAAUGAUUUUUGCCACUUGAUUUUACCUGCAUAAGUAAUCAGAUUGAGUUCAACUACUGCAGGAUCCUGGAAUGUGUUGGGUUGUGUCUGGUUUCUCUUGGCAUUUUCUGCAUUUAGUGUCUUGUUUGCUUGUAUUGCAUGUAUUUCAGAUUUUUUUUCUUUUUCUUAAACACCUUGUCCUGUAUUUCCGCAAGGAACUCCUCUGUUUCUGGGAAGAGCUCUCCAACUCUCAGUCAGGUGCUCGGUGCUUCCUUGUCACCAUCGAGUCUUCUCAGAUCGUUGGGAUGUCUCCCAUGGAGGGUCAUACUCAUUCCACUGGUUCAUGUUUUCUUCCAGAGUGAUGAUUCAAUUUUCUGAGUUGGCCUCUCAUUUAAGUUUUCUGCUCUGUAUUUCUUAUCACGAUUGCAUAUACACACAUGGAGUGCUGAAUCCAGUUCAUUUUUGAUGAAAAUACAUAUAACUAGAAGUUUAAUCUGACUGUUGUGUGAUUUCGUUUUAUUUCAUGUGUGUUAUUUCUCUUCCUCCUCCUGUCCAAGGCAGUGUUAAUCUAAGUGGGUUUGAGUGUAAAUGGUCUUUUCUAAAGCUUUCUUAAGUUCUUGUUUAUCAUUCUAAAUUUUACUGAUUGAAAAGGGACCAAGAUAUUUUUAAUUAAAAAAAAUUCAAUGUCGGUA